GACUUCGGUUCUAUUUUACUCUCAGUUGAAUUGACAGUCAACAGAAUCACUUGAUAUUCUUCCACAAUUGGUGAGUUCAUUUUCCAAUUUCUCCCCUAUAUUGUCAAUUUUGUGAACCAUGUUCAUUUCUAAUUCUUUUAUAAGAAACAUGUUUCGGAUAAUAUAUAGGCAUCAGGAUGAUUCAAAUUCAUUCAAUUCACUGUUUAAAUCUAGAUACAGACUUUUUUCAUCUGUUAGUUCCAAAGAUUUUCCUAUUUGGUUGUCUCGGGAAACUAGUGUUGGGAAAUAUUCUGAGAAAAAAGUGGAAAAAGUAAAGACCUUAUUCAGGAAUCAUGGAUUUGACGAAUCCCAUAUUUCGCAUAUUGCUCGAAUACAACCUAAGGUGUUUUUGUACGAUCCCCAGAAUACCCUUUUGCCCAAACUCAAUUUCCUGCGCUCUAUAGGUGUUUCGAAUACUGAUAUUCCGAAAGUCAUUAUGCGGAACCCGGCCCUUAUGGGGAGAAGUCUAGAAAAGCAGAUUUGGCCUUGUUAUAAUUUUCUGAAAAGUUUGCCCCUUUCAGGGAAAGAGGUUGUUAUGAUGGUGAAUAGAAAUUCUAGAAUCCUUGCAACUAAUGUAGAGAAAAUUUCUGGUAAUGUGGAGGCAAUGCAGCAAGCAGGGAUUCCCCCACACUCUAUCUCGUAUUUUGUAAGCCGGUUUCCUGCUUCAGUGCAGCGGGAUAACGAGAAAUUUAGGAAGUGUUUGGAUGAUGUGAUAGGUAUGGGGUUUAACCCUUUGAGGUUGAUGUUUAUUCUAGCAGUUCGAGUGCUGUGCGAGACCCCUAAACCGACAUGGGAUUACAAAGUCAAGGUGUUUAAGAGGUUCGGCUUGUCAGAUGAAGAGGUUAUGUCAGCAUUUAGAUUGCAUCCCUGUUGUAUGAACGUAUCCGAGGAGAAAGUGUUAAGGGUGAUGGAUUUCUUUAUAAAUAAGAUGAAAUGGGAACCUGCAGUUGUUAUUCGAACUCCAGCGGUUCUUCUUUAUAAUCUGGAGAAGAGGAUCAUCCCCAGGUGUAAUGUGAUUACUCUUUUGAUGCAAAAGGGCCUCCUGAAGGCAAAUUUUCCUUUAAUGUCUUUCUUGAAGAAUAGUGAAAUUGAUUUCUUGGAUAAAUUUGUUUACAAAUAUAAGGACAAUUUGACUCAAUUGAUGGAUGUUUAUCGUCAAGGGAUGGCUUUGUAGCAAUGGAAUUGUCCUGAUUCUAGAGAUGCCUGAUUUUCAAGUUUUUUUUUCCGUGUCCAUCAUUUAUCCGUUCACAAGUAAUUUGUUGCACUUCUCUUCACAUUGAAAACAUGGGAUGUCCAACGACCUUUUUGUUCAUGAGUGGGAUUUCAGCAGCCUAAUAUCGACAGAAUUACAUCCUUUUUUUCUUAUAGUUUGGAGAAGAUGGUCAUAACAAUGUGCUCGAGUUAUCUAACUUUCAACUAAAAGUUUGGGAAAAAAGCUACCUUCUUAACCGCAUUGAUUUUCGCUAAGCAUGACUUAGCUUUUCUUACACCAACUUCAAGCACAUGUAGAGGAUCUAUUAAGGAAAAAGUUCAUUCAGUGGGAAGUUGGCUCGUACUCUACUAGGGUUCAUACAUUGAUCAUCAUAUGAUAAAAUGGGUUCUAUGAAUCUGUGAUUCAUAUUAGAUGACUGAUUUUUAUCUCCUUAGCUAAUUGUUUCGCAGAGGACAACGUUUUGCUGCUUUGGUAUUGGAAGGAAGAGAAGCGCUGAUCCUCCCUAGAGAAAUGUACUUGAAAUUUUAAGUUUAUUUAGUUAUUUCUGUCCAGUAUCAAAUAAAUUUUGGUUUUUCUUCGUAGUGAUCGCAUCAGUCCCAAAUAUGAUCAUGUUUGUUCAUGAAAAACAAGGAUUGUAUUUUUGGUUAAUCCUCAUCUUUCAUAUAUUUGCAACUAAAAUUUUCUCUUUUAAGUGAUGAUACGUUUUUAACAGAAUUCCUGUUAUAUAGACGUCUUAUUAAGACAGCCUAGUGUGCAUGGAAUAUCCGACAAUUACUAGUGGUCGAGAAGAUGACUGUACAUUGUUUUCAGGCUCUACACUGUUCUUCUGGCAUGGUAAUAUGGUACUCACCGUCACUGGUUCAACUGUGUUGCAAUAAUGUUGUUAUUAUUGGUAUAUAAGUGCAUGUUUGGUACGACCCGAUGGACACGACCAGCGCGAGUUUGGUAGGUACUGAUGGUCAAAUGUGUUGGAUAAUAAACCGUAUUUUAGUUU